AUGUAUGAACUGUUUAGCCCAAUUCUGGAUAUAGAUGCUUUAUUCUCGGAAGAGGCUGGUACUGCUGUUAGGCUUGAGUUCCAUGAGCUUCUAAGGAGCUUGGGUGAUUCUGGGAGGGCAACAUUUUUGAAAUUUAGAAAUGCCAUUGCGGCUAAUGCAUCAACAAGGCCUUUUUUAGGCGGUGGGAUACACCCCCUCACUAAGUAUGUCAUGAAUUACAUCAAGACCCUUACCAUGUACUGCAACACCCUCAAUGUGCUUCUCAGGGACCAAGAAGCAGCUGAUCCAAAUCCAGUUGUUGGGCCAGAGAAUGGACACGGCGUUUCUUCUAUCACACAUUGUCAAAUGGCAUGCCACUUUCGGUCAAUCACAGCUACUCUAGAAUCCAACCUCGAUAGCAAAUCCAAGCUUUACAAGGAUGGUGUUUUGCAGCAUAUUUUUUUAAUGAACAACUUCCAUUACAUGGUCCGAAAGGUUAAGUCCGGUGAACUCAGGCUUUUCUUUGGUGAUGAAUGGAUCAAAGAGCAUAUUGUUAAGUACAAACAGCAAGCAAUGAGCUAUGAGAGAGCCACUUGGAAUUCGGUCCUUUCUUUUCUCAAGGAUGGUGAUAGUCCAGGGUUAUGUUCAGCUUCAAAGGCAAUUAAAGGCUUCACUAUUGCCUUUGAGGAGGUAUACAAGAACCAGACAGGGUGGUCUAUCCCAGAUCCUGAGCUCCGGGAAGAUUUACAAAUUUCAGCUUCGCAGAAAGUAAUCCAUGCAUAUAGGAGUUUUAUGGGGAGAAAGUCUUCCAGUAUCAGUGAGAAGUACAUCAGGCAUUCUCCGGAUGAUCUGCAGAACUAUAUCUUGGAUCUCUUUAAUGGCUCACCAAGAAUAUUGCAAAGUUCUCGCAAAAAGUGA